CAAAUAUUAAAGGGGUCAUGACAUGGGUUUUUUUAUUUUAUUAUUAUGGUCCCCUAGGUGCAAUUAUAGUAUUACUAUAGUUAAAAAAAAAAAAAAACUUUUAAAAUGUAGUGAAUUAUGACAUUUUCCCACCCUGUUUCUCAUCCUUUGAUUCAAACAGUCUGUUUUGGGUUGUUUCCCCUUUAAGAGUUCAGUGUUAACGCCCACUGUUAUGAUUGGCUAACGACAUUUGACGGAACAUUUGCGGAUUGAGCGUAACUGUUUAGUAGCGAGUGAUGCAUUCGAAGCGAUGGCUCUUGCAAUGAUAAAACCUUAUAUGUUUGAGCCGGAAUCAGAUGAGGAAUCAGAGGAAAAUGAACCAUCACCACAACAACGAAGACUGGAUCAGCCCGUGUCCACAUGGAAAGUGAAACUAUUUUGAAUUAAUAAAAAAAUUGUAACCCGAGACACUUGAAAACGGUUUAUUGUUGCAUAAUUAUUCUAUAGUUUAAUAUGCUAACAGUUCAACAAUAUUUACCUAAUUUCAAUGAAAUGAUAGGGUGUACUGCGGACAAAAAUGCAUGCACAGGCCAUAUUUGAAGAUGCAGCAUUGAUAAGGCAACAUUUUUAAUCUUCUAUUACAUGUAGGCCUACUAGAAAGGCGACAUAUUUUCAAGAUUCUCUUAUACAAAUAAACUGCAUCCAUUUUUCCCUGACGUCAGGAUCUUUCGGCAGCGUAUUCAAAGAUGUUGUUUGUCCACAGCCAGGAACAGCACAUCUGCGUGGCAUUGUAAUUUUCCUGUACACAGACCCACUCGCUGUCCGUCGACUGAACACUUGUGAGGCGCGCAGCGCGACAACGAUCCGAAAUGAGCGUAGUUGUCUUGUGCUGGAGGCGGUCAUAUGCAAAUGGUUGGAACGUCACUUCGCACCGUGACGUCACUUCUUACCAUGGAUCCAGAACGAGCUGUAUUUAGAGCUUGAUUAAAUAAAUGGCUCGUUUAUAAUGGGGAGGACGUCUUAAGCUAUGAAACUUGCAGGACGUUUUAAUGGUACAAAGACCUCUUAUAUUCCAAAAGAUCAAGGCAAAUUUGGUUUCUCAUUUCAUGACCCCUUUAAAAGACCCAAACGAGCAGAAGUAAACUUUUUGCCCAACUUUCCCCAAGGAGAAAAUCCCUCAACUCUUGAACAGUUGAGACAGAAAAUUGUUGAUGAAAUGAAGAAAGCUGAGAAGAACUUACCACUUAUAAAAAAGAUGAUGCAAACCACCUUUGCUCUGCGGCGACAGACCAUAGUGAAGACAUGCCCACCAGUAAAAGAGCUCAUGGAACUCUGGCCUGCACUCAAAAUGGAAUCUGAGGUGUAUGCAGAGUUCCAACGGAUUACAAACGAGAACCUGCCCAACACAUUCUACUCUGAGCUUGACCGACAUCUUCCUAGACUGAUGACCCUGUUCAGACAGAAAGCAUCCAGAACCGGGAAGACAUCAGAUACUUUAACUGAAAUCCUAAGAAUCCAUGAUGACCAGGAGUUUCAUGACAUACACACCAAACGUGUCACUGUUCUUCAUGCGCUUCCUGUGUAUCUACGUGAGGACGUCUCUGGGUUUUUAAGGACCUGCAUGGACACAUCUGAUGAGCCAGAGCUUUUAGAUGUUGCAGUGGCCCUCCUCACAGUCAUCAAAGAUAAUGACACAAGUCCAGUUCACUUCCAGCCUGUGAAAAUCUCUGUUGUCAUCGAAAGUGAGAUUGUGGGCAGCCUCUCCAGAUUUGCUGAUGCCUUCCUGGUAAUGUUUGGACUAAUCUAUGCACUACACCUCAACUAUCCCAGGGGACUGACCAACACUUUUGAAUUCAUUCAAAAGAUUUUGCUUGGUCUUGAUGAGGGUAAACUGUCACCCAAGUUACAGAGUCUCAAAAAUGACUUGAUGUGUAUGUAGAAAUGUAUUGGAAAAAUUACUAAGGCCUGGCAGUUCCUCAGUAGUUCAAUGUAAAAACAAUUUGUGAAAAUAAUGGUUGAAAGGUUUUUGCACUUUUUUCCCCCAAAAUGUGCACAGUGUGCAUUUAUUAAUGUGCAGUUUUCAUUUCUAAAUGUUAUUUGUGAUUUUAAAACAGCUCUUGUUCUUUACAAUUGUUAAGUACAGCUGGGUAGUACUUGGUAACAAUGCAUGUAAUUUAGUUUUAAAUGGUUCAUGUUUUUGUAAAAGUUCAUGCAGGUUUGUGAAUUUGUAAUGUCAGAGAUGUGGUCUUAAUCAGUUUUUCAGGUUUUAUCAUAGUGCACCUUUUUUCUGUCUUUUAAAUGAAGUGUUAAAUAGGAAAGGACAAGAACUCAGCACACUGUAAUUUUAAACUGUUUAAGUUUGUUGAACUUAAAAUAUUUGAGGCAACGAGUUACAUCAAAAAAAUUAGUUUUGAUUCAUAUGAUUUUGAGUCUUGUGUUUUAAAAGGUUUGAGUAACUUGUACUUAAAACACAAAGACAAAGAUACUAAUAAAUAAUGAGUUCAUUCAACUUAAAA